AUGACCACCCAAAUCAAGAAUGUCAUGAUCCUUGGGGGCCGAGGAAAUCUUGGACCAUACCUCGUUGCCUCCCUGAUCAAAGCCGGCUUCAACGUCUCUGUUCUAAGCCGUGCAACUUCAACUACCACAGACAAGACAUUCCAUGGUGCCACCAUCGUCAAGUCUGAUUACACCAUGGAAUCACUCAUUCAAGUUUUCACUGGUCAAGAUGCCGUCAUCUCUACUCUUUCGACAGCCAACAUUAACGAACAAAAGACUGUCAUCGAUGCAGUUGCAGCCGCAAAGGUCAAGCGUUUUAUGCCCAGCGAGUUCGGAAGCGACACCUCCGUCGACGGGCUGGAAGAGAUGGCACCGUUUCUGAAAGGAAAACAAGAUGUCAUGGACUAUGUCAAGGCUAAGGAAGUCGAAGGGUUGACUUGGACAGCGCUUUUCACUGGCCCUUGGAUCGAUUGGAUGCUGAUUGAGGGUAAAGGUCUACUUUGCUUGGAUAUAAAGUCCAAGACUGGUGAGCUUGUAGACGGAGGGAAACCAAAGUUCACCACAACCACUGUGGCUCAAGUUGGUGAAGCCACGGCAGCAGCACUGAUACAUUCUGACAAGACCAAAAACGAGUACGUACAUGUUUCAUCGUACAAUAUUUGCCAGGAACAGGUUAUCGAGGCUCUUGAAAGAAUCUCAGGCACUAAGUAUGCGUUUGAAGCAUUGAGCAAUGUGGACUUGUAUGCACGAGCAACCAAAAAUGUUGAACAGGGCAACUGGGUCACUGGCUACUAUGAGCUGGCUUCUUCAACUGUCUUCAGCGACGCUGAAGUCACUUAUUUUCCUGACAAGGCUGAACAUUGGAAGAAGGUUCUUGCGCUUGGCGAGGUAGAGAGCUUUGACGAAAUAAUCGCUAGGGUAUUGGAUGUGGUGUCAUAG